AUGGAUGCGACGGACGCAUUUGGCCAUUAUUACCGUGGCGACGUACAAAAUCGAGAAGAGAUAGCGAAGAACGCCUACAGCAUCGCAAAAGCGCAUCUUGAGCAGACCACUAGUCUCAAGAAUCAUGAGAAAGCGUGGUUGUUUGGCGCGCCCAGUAUUGAAGAUGCACAACGAGCAGUAGCCGAGUCCAUGGCAAACUGCGAGGCCAAGCAUGACUCUUCGAAAGUGCGCAAGUGGCUACAUAGAGCGUCUGAGUUGAUUUGCCACUAUGGAACCGUUCUGGAUGUCUUUGUUCAACAUCAUCCCGAAUAUGUGUCUUUGGUUUGGGGAUUGUGGAAGCUUAUUUUCACAAGCAUUCUAAAUCAUGGCGAGACCCUCAGGGUCUUGGCCAAGUCUAUCACGCAGAUCGGAGAACGGCUCCCGCGCAUUCGAAUUGCAUCGGAGCUAUAUCCAACAGGUCAAAUGAGAAUAGCAAUGGAAAGCCUCUACGUCGAGAUCCUGGGAUUUCUCAUGAAGGCAUAUGGAUGGUGCAAUGAAUCUAUACUCAAGCGUGUUUAUCAUAGCGUCGCGCGGCCUCCGGCAUUGCAAUACGGCGAUACAUUGGAGAGAAUCGAAAUCUGUUCGAACAGCAUUGCCGAGAUCGCUACUCUUGCCUCUCAAGCAGAGCUUCGAGUCAUGCACACUUCUCAAGACGGAAAGUUGGCGGAUAUAAUAUCCAAGCUCGAGACUGCAGACCGAGAGCGAGAAGCCGAGUUUAGAGGUCUCCACCACCUUGUUUCUACUCUCAGCAUUUCACACGAGCAGCUCGAACAGAAGGUCGAUCUUGUGUUAUCGCUACUACACGCUACAGGACUGACAAUCAACGAUCUGCUUGUCAAGACGACUUCAUACCACAGUAUCCAGAUGAACGCUCAUGUCAACACAAAUGAGCGACUAUCAGAUAUGCAAGUGUCUCAAGCAUUAGCCGCAUUGUCGUCUUCGUUUCAAGAUCCUUACACAUGCUACCAACAACAACUCUUGCUGCGCAAGCGGAGGGCAGCGGGGAUUGCGCCAGGUGCCGCGACUAAUGAGUUCUGGCUGUCUCCAGAACUCAGAGCGUUUGCUUCCAACCGUGACUCUGACAUGAUCAUUCUUGCUGGCGCAUUCAACAUCCGUGCUGCAAUUAAAGAUUUUGGAGUUGAUGUGAUUAGCUCGCUGACGCGAUCAAAAAUCAAUACUGUUUGGGCGCUGGAUGGCGCAAACAACGAGGGAACACAAUGGAGCAGUGCAGAUCUCCUCAGAUAUCUCACGUGGCAAGUAUUACGAGCAUGCAACUUCACAGAAAAGCAAAUGUCGGUGCGCUUCUCUCAGUUUCAAACCUCGCAAACUCCACAACAGUGGAUGCAGCUCUUCAAAGAAGCUGUCAAGCAUGUCGGUGACCAAUUGUACUUGGUCGUGGAUCUAGUCGUCAUACAAGCUUCCUUGGCAACCGCAGACGGAUUCAAUAUUGUCGAAGAGUUAAACAAAAUGAUGAAAUCAGAGAGCAAAGGGGCAACCACUUUGUUGAAAAUUAUCGUCAUAAGUUACAACGCAGAUUGGCAUCGAAAUUUACCAUCCGAAAUUGCCGGUUCAGUGAUUCCAGUGACAAAGGCUGCUUCAAGAAAGGUGACAAGAACAUGGAGCAGGACUGCAACAGGGUGGUCACUCCGCUCCAAGAAAAUACCGUUGUUGCAGAACCGAAAGGCCCCUCUCAUAGCUUCCUCGUACAAUGACUGA